AUGGUCUUCUUCACCAUUGUCUUCUUUUUCGGCUUAUUCGAAGCCCUAGUCAUAAUAUUCCAAAUGCUCUACUUUGCUGCUCUCAUCGUCCUCCAUCUCAACUCCUCCUUCCACUUAUCAGUUAUCACUAUGAACCUUCUAAUCAUGCUUCGUGCCUCCGUCACUCUCUAUUCCAUCAUCUCCUGGGACCCUGACAAUCGAUCUUCCACAUGGCUAGAAAUCUCCCAUUUCCUGGAUUAUACCUCCUGGAACUAUUCAAUGGCUGUCAUGUUAGUUCUGGCUGUUCAUCAAUAUGUUAUGUAUCAUGAUAAAGAGAGAAACAUGUUUUAUUUCAUGGAUUGGCAUGGGUUGCUGCUCAUUUUUGUGUUCGCUGUCAUGGCUUUUUUGGGUAUUGCUCAAAUUGGAUUUGGGAGUAUGAAACGAUGGUUCAGCUAUGAAAAUGGGAUUAUGGAAGUUAGUAACACUAACCAUAUUUGGCUCCAUUGUUGGAUGAUGAAGAUCAACUACAUCUUCCCAGUUCUUAUAAUCGCUGUCUACAUCAAUUUUAUCUUAAAAAAUCGAAAAUUGAACACUAACGUAAAAGAAAGUGUUAAGACUUUCCUUAUACCCGAAAGCAAUCGAGCAAUUUUGAUUAUUUUUAUUUCAACCCUUCAAAUGGCCAUCAACAUCCUCAAUGAAUUCAAUACCACCCCAGCAGCCACAGAGCUGUCCGAAAAGGCUCCAAUCGAUAAACUACUAACAUUUUCCUAUUCUAUUCCAGAGCUAUUCACCCCAUUUUUCAUUUUUUGUAGUUUUAAAAAAUUUCGGGACCAUUGGAAAUUUUACAUAGGCAAAGAUAUAGUGAGAGUGGGGCCAGAUCUACCACGAGGCGCUUUUAUCAUUGAGGUUGGGUAA